AUGCAGGCAGGUCUCGAUGGGGCGGGGCCUGUCGAAGAAGGCGAGGCCUACGAGGGCCGCGGCUUCGGCUGGGGGCGGAGCCGGGAGUGGCCAAGAAAACUAGAGGAGGGGCGUGGCAGAGCGAAGCCCCACACUGAGGAAGAAGCUCUGAAGGCGGAAGGCUGGGGACCUGUUUCAGAGGAGGCACAGGGUGGCGAAGCUGAAACCCAGGAGGUCAAGGUCAUCCCUGUGCUUGAGGACAACUACAUACAUGAUCUAGUCAUCGAGGAGCACAUGUGGAAGGCUGUGGCCAUGGAUGUGCCCAAGAGGCAGGGGCUGCUGGAGAUCAUGGGCAAGGAGAGGUUAUCACACACAGUACUGACCACUCACCACCACUGGUCCCAUCUACAGGGACCACAUGCCGGGCUGACUUAUCUGUGGCCCCAGCUGGAGGUACUGGGUGACAAGGAGCACAUCUGCACGCUGACCCACAGACUGAUACAUGGCAAGGAGCUGCAAUUUGGGGCCAUCCACAUGUGCUAUCUAGAGGCCUAGCUGACCUCCAGCCACAUGAACUACUUCCUGCGAGAAGACGAGUGUUCCAAUCCAUCUGCCAUGUACUCCAGGAACUUGCUGUCUGUGGCUGGCUGCAGUUGGCACCUAGAGAGUAUGGCUCAGCAGAUGUACCAGAGUCUGGUAGAGACCCUGGGCACCCUGCCCCCUGAGAUAGUGUUCUGUGGACACGCCACACGGGGCAACCUCGAGUUUAUGGAGCUCUGCAAUGUCCAUGUGAGCAUGUGA